CCAAAAGUCCCGAGCCGUCGCGCAGUGGUAGGAAGAGUCCGGGGUUACGUCUUGGAUGAGAGUAUAAAACUGAGUGCAGUAGGCCUCCGUGCUCCGAGUACCAUAGACCACUUAAUCUCGAGACGCGGAUAUGCAACUCGCGUGCACCGCUCGAUCGCGCUGACUCGUGUUUUCGGUCAUUUCUGUAGUUACUCUCACCUCGGAGUUUUCGAACGGGAGAUUCGGGCUUUCGCCCGGUUCGAGGACUUGCGAAAAACUAUUUCGGCAGGGAUUACAUUGUGGUGCGGUGCGACAACCGGGGUGUCUGACUGCGCUUCUCACCCGGCGCCGGGACUCCUCGGGGAAGAUCCAUUUAGGUCUAAGAGUCAAGGUGGCGGAAAAAAGGAAUCGCAGGAGAAGGAGCGUGGAUUCAGGUCACAACCAUGAGAACAGCGAUCGAGAUACAGCAGUAUAAAAAAUGUAUCAUUUUGUUCAUGGUGAGCAUUAUCACCAGCGCAUUGGCAUAUGCUGUUUAUGUGAUUAACCCCAUCCAGGCACUGUUGGAGCACAAACUUCAAAUGGUGCCUGGAUCUAUGGCCUUCACGUUAUGGAAGAAGCCGCCCAUAGACGUCUUCAUCAAGGUGUACAUAUUUAAUAUUACUAAUCCAGUGGAGUUUCUGAACGGCGAGGAGAAACUUCAACUUCAAGAAGUCGGACCUUAUGUAUAUCAGGAGAUUUUAGAAAACCAGAAUAUCAGGUGGCAUGAUAACGGUACGUUAUCGUACUCACCGAAGAGGACUGUACUCUACAUUCCUGAAAUGUCCGUCGGCAAUCCUGAUGACGACAUUGUGAUGGUGCCUAAUAUACCCAUGCUCGGAAUUUCGUCGGCGAUCCACGAUGCCGGAUUUUUCGUUAACUAUCCGUUUGCAAGACUGGCCAACUAUCUCGACAGCAAACCAAUUCUAAACAUUUCCGUGUACGAUUAUUUGUGGGGCUAUGAGGAUGCUCUAGUUAGAUUGGCCAGUGGGAUCGUUCCUCGUUUCGUCAAUUUCCGAAAAUUUGGUCUACUCGAUAGGAUGUACGAUGAAGGAGAGAACGUGAUCAAUAUGAAUGUGAAGAAAAAUGAAAACAUGACUGAUGAAAACGGUCGAUAUUUGAGCAUCGAAUCGUACAAUGGGAGUCCAGGAUUAUCUAACUGGGGAUACGUCGAAGAAGAGAAUAAUGAGCCUAAUCCGGCGAAUACAAUCUGCAAUCGCAUCCUGGGAGCGACGGAAGGCGCCCUUUUCCCUCCGAAUCUGGACAAAACCGCUGUCUUUCGAGUUUUCCGAAAAGCGUUUUGCCGAACCCUGCCGAUCGACUUCAAGGAGGAACUGAUCACCGAAGAUGGAUUCCGAGGAUAUCUGUACAGUCUUUCGGACAACUUCCUAGAUACGCCGGAUGUGAAUCCCGAGAACGAGUGUUAUUGCCGGAAGAUGAAGAAGUGCUUGAAGAGAGGACUCUCGGACCUGACACCGUGCUAUUACAACAUUCCAGCGGCGAUUUCUUUGCCACAUUUCCUGGACGCUGAUCCAAGUCUGAUGGACGGCAUCGAGGGUAUCCAUCCGGACCCCGAAAAGCACGCCACCAGGAUUAUCCUUCAGCCAGAUGUUGGAAUCCCGGUCCACGUCAAUUCGAGGCUGCAGACGAACCUUGUCAUGGAACACACCUCGUACAACCCGAGGAUCACUGCUUUCAACGGACUGGUCGUUCCCCUAUUUUGGACAGACUUGAGCAUACCGUCCCUGCCUAGCGACUUGAUGUUCAUGAUAAAAUUAGCGUUGUACAUCAUGCCGGUGGUGCAGACCGUCCUAAUUUAUCUGCUGGCCAUCGCAGGAGUAACGACCUUCCUGCUCUCUCUCUCAGCAUCCCUCUGGGUCCUCAACCAGCAGCAAGAGGAAGAUAGCAAGAGGAGGGACAGCUGCGACCUCCGGAUAUCGCUCGGCUACGGACAAUACACGGCCAUUAGGAUCUUGCCGGCGAUCAAGAAGAUCACCUCUAAGUCAGAACUCUUCAGUUAAAUCGUCGAAAACUUGCCGAGGAGACCGAUUCACCCAAGUAACUUGUAAUCGCUCGUUUCUGCUCUCAAACCUUCGGAAGGGAGGACUCGGUGGUCGCAGCGAUGGACGUUUUCUGUUCCACCUCGAUGAGAGUACGAAUCGGGUCGUGGGUCGUCGAUGGAACUCGAUGUCCAUUCGACGACCUCGCAGGAUCCGUCCAGGCCUCCUAAUAGUUACGCUUACAAUUUCGAGGAUAGCUCUCUUUCGUCCCAUCCUUAAGGUGAUGUGAAAGUGGCGUGGAAGAGAUUUUCCUAAUGAAACUUCUCUGAAUUGGGUGUAUCGAAUAGUCUUAAACUUCACAACGUUAACAAGGCUAUAAGGAAGGUCCUGACACUCAUGAAAUUUCAUGUUUUAUACAAAAAUUGUUAGAAUUAUCUGUGAACAAAUUUUUGUAAAAAAUUUAAUUUCACGAGUUUCAGGACCUCCCUUAAAGCUUCCGCAUUAACGUUGUGAACUUUGAAACGAUUCAGCACAUCUAGUUCGGAGAAAAGUUUCAUGAACGAUUGACUCCUCGGAUGGGACUUUCACAUCCCCUUAAAUAACCCGUCUCAAUAUCGACCGCCAGCGUAUCGACGCUGGAAACAAUGUUUCCAACAUUUUGGUUCGUCGGUAUCGAGUGUCUUAUUAUGUGGCCGGGUACAUUUAAAAGUAAGACGUCCACGCAUGUUCUGGUUUCCCAGCGUUCCAUUGUCCAUACGUUUACUUGUGUUUCCUAGAAGAACCUGAUAGUGUCGCGGAUAUUGUCGAAGCCGCACCGUCCAGAAAUCGAAAUGAAAUGAUGAUACGAUGAUAUUUGCACUUCGAUUGCCUGCAAAAGUGAAAAUCAAACGUGCUAAUGCUAGUUCUGUAUUCCGAAGUGUACUAGAAGGCACGUCUCGCUUCCUGAAUGAUUGUCUUUGCCGAUGCAGCCCGCAUCUGCGAUUUAUUGCGCUCGAAUCACUAGAAUGAUUAGAAUAACUAGUUAAGGCUUAAGAUAGGCGUUAUUGUUACAAAUCCCUAACUAGAGCGUCGCCGUUAAAUCGAGCAACGACGCAAACAGUCUAUGGAUUAACGUUAUUACAUUACUUUAGUAUAUUUUUUACCAUCUCACGUUAAGGACUUCACAAGAUACACGUUUUAUACGGUACGCGUAAUAAUUUAUCCUUUUAUCAUCUUCAUUUUAUCACUCUUCCGUGAUCCCUCUAUCGACUAGGAUUCCCUUUCGUUCUCAUGUGGUUUCUGUGGUGGUAACGUUACGGUGUAAAUUAAGGGAAAAAAAGUAACAUUAAACUCUCGUUAUCAACGCAUCAUUGUAUCAGUUUACAGAAUACGAAAUAACCCGAUAAUUUUGAAAAUCUCAGCCAUACAUGUAUUACCUGUCGAUCUUGCGAAAAGGCACGUGUUAUUAACAUUCUCCGUCUAUUUUCUAGUUUUCUUACACAAACGUGUACAUGCGCUAUCGUGCGUCCACCUCUACGUUUACUGUGAAUUUCUCCUGCACUCCUUGGAACUGCAAAUCUAGACAAGUCGAACGACAUGUACUAUAAAUUCUAUGAAAUAAUCAGCUUGUAAUUUAGUGAGGAAAUGUGAAGGAUUAAGCUGUUACCUUGAAUUUGCUCAACUAGGAUUUAUAAUUGCCCUUUUUGGAAGAGUUUGAAAGAAAUGUUGAGAUACGAACAUGUAUUCGAGACCUUCAUGAACAUGCCUCGAAUCUACUCGAUUAGAAUUAAUAUUUUAGUCGAAUUUAAAAGAAAUGUUUAAACAUGAACAGCAUGUACUCGAGGCUGUCUUCAUGAGCAUCGUGCACUCUAUGAACGCCUGUAAACCAUCCGCGAUAUGUGUACUAAAAGCAAAAGACUGAUUGGGGUUCGACGUCCUGAUGGAAGAAAGGAUCUGUAAUAAAAAUAGAUAUUUACAUUACGUUGUCAUACUAUCAGCGAUGGAGAUAAAUCACGAGACGCGGAAACAGGGAUAAUGAUUAACCACCAAGUUAGUCCUACGCUUUGUGCCGGUGGUGGUUGGUGGAGGGAAGGAACACAGUAGGUAAGGGUGUAAGAACGAUAAUACAAUUAAGACCUGUUGUUAAUAAACAUAAAUCUAUUGUA